AUGACGACAGACGAGGCAGAGAGUCACCAGAAGAAGCCGAGGCAGCAGGAGGAAGGUCAGGAAGCCCGGCCGCCCUCGCCGGAGGAGGGCGAGCAGCUCCGGCCUCGAAACCGCAACUCUGCCGGCCGCGGCCUCUCCCGCCUCUUCUCGUCCUUCCUGAAGAGGCGCUCGCAGUGCGACAGCGAGGGGGGAGAGAGGGAGAGCAAGGAGGGGGAGGAAGAAGCUAAAGCCCCCAUCGCCGACCAACCAGAGCUCAGGACAGAGGGAGAGGUGGCCCCGGAUCAGCACUCAGUGAGCAGCGCUGAGGCUCAGGCUGUUCAGGUAGAGAAGAAGGAGGCGGGGGAGGAGGAGGCGGCGGAGGUGGAGGUGGAGGAGGGAAAAGACACAGAGAAGGACAAGGAGAAAGAAGAGGAGGCCACCCUGGAGAAGGAGAAGGAGGACAAGGAGAAGGAGGAGGAGGAGGAGAAGAAGAAGGAGGAGGGGGAGAAGGUGAUGGAGGAGGAGGCCAAAGCUCCCCGAGCUCCACGCCGGCCGAAGACGAUGCAGAUCAAAGUGACGCUGCUGGACGACGCUCAGUUUGAGUGUGAGCUGGACAAACACGCCAAAGGUCAGGAGCUGUUCAUGAAGGUGUGUGACCACCUCAACCUGCUGGAGAAGGAUUACUACGGUCUGGCCAUCUGGGAGACGCCCACCAUGAAGAUCUGGAUGGACCUGGCCAAAGAGAUCCGCAGGCAGGUACAAGGUGCCAACUAUAAUUUCACCUUCAAUGUGAAGUUUUAUCCUCCCGACCCGGCCCAGCUCUCUGAGGACAUCACAAGGUAUUACCUGUGUCUCCAGCUGAGAAAGGACAUCCUGCAGGGCCGUCUCCCCUGCUCCUUCGUCACUCUGGCCCUGCUGGGAUCCUACGCCUUGCAGUCAGAGCUUGGGGAACACGAUCCCGAGGUGCAUGGCAGCGAGUACGCUAAAGAGCUGAAGAUGGCCCAGGGUCAGACGAAGGAGCUGGAGGACAAGAUGAUGGAGCUGCACCAGACGUACAGGGCAAUGAGUCCGGCUCAGGCGGACAUGAUGUUUCUGGAGAAUGCCAAGAAGCUGUCCAUGUACGGAGUCGACCUGCACCAGGCCAAGGAUCUGGACGGUGUGGACAUCAUGCUGGGCGUCUGCUCCAGCGGUCUGAUGGUCUACAAAGACAAGCUGAGGAUCAAUCGUUUCCCCUGGCCCAAAGUCCUCAAGGUGUCCUACAAACGCAGCAGCUUCUUCAUCAAGAUCCGACCGUCUGAGGUGGAACAGUAUGAGAGCGCCAUCGGCUUCAAACUGCCGAACUACAAGGCCGCCAAGAAGCUGUGGAAAGUGUGUGUGGAGCAUCACACCUUCUUCAGACUGACGUCCACAGAGAUGGCCACCACUCCCAGGAAGUUCCUGGCGUUGGGCUCCAAGUUUCGUUACAGCGGUCGGACUCAGGCUCAGACCAGACAGGCGAGCUCUCUGAUCGACAGACCGGCUCCUCUGUUCCAGCGCACCUCCAGCAAGAGGAACUCCCGCAGCCUGGACGGAGCCAUGGCGUCCACCCCCGACAAUAAGUCCACUCGUCCGGUCAGCGCUCCUGUGAUGUCACCAGUGUCUCCCGGGGAGGCGACCCCAUCCCCGCUGCUCAGCGCCCUGCGCCGCUCCGACCACCGUGACGGCUCCGCCCUCAGAGGACCCCGCUGUGCAAUCAGGAAGUCGGCCAAGAAGGCGGAGAGUCAGCCGACUGAGCACAGCAAGAGCCAGAGUCCGCGACCAGAGAACACUCCAGACAUCAAGAAAAGAGCAAAGAAACUUGAGGGGGAAACGAUUUAUAUCAGACAUAGCAAUUUAAUGUUGGAGGACCUGGAUAAGACCCAGACUGAGAUCAUGCGUCACCACACGAGCAUCAGCGAGCUGAAGAGGAGCUUCAUGGAGUCGGUACCCGAGCCUCGGCCCAGCGAGUGGGACAAACGUCUCUCCACUAACUCACCUUUCCGCACAGCGAGCAUCAACGGCCAGCUGCAGCCAGCGUCUCCUGUCCUAAAGACGCAGAAAAUCACCAUCUCAGACGUCACCAACUCUCUGAGAGAGAGCGUCAUCUACAAGGACGUCCCCUUAGUUCACACCGAGACCAAGACCAUCACGUACGAGUCGGCACAGGUUUCUCUCCCGCAGCCGGUGGACACGCUGGCAGAGAGGGACUCAGGAGUGCUGCUGAGUGCCCAGACCAUCACCUCCGAGACUAUCAGCACCACCACCACCACCCAGAUCACCAAGACGGUGAAAGGAGGAAUCUCAGAGACUCGCAUCGAGAAGAGAAUCGUGAUCACCGGAGACACUGAGAUCGACCACGACAAGGCUCUGGCUCAGGCUAUCAAAGAGGCGAAGGAGCAGCACCCUGACAUGUCUGUUACCAAAGUGGUGGUGCACCAGGAAACAGAGAUCUCCCCCGAGUAAGACGACGGAUCCUUUAAAGACGUCUCAGCUUCACCUCUCUCCCUCCUUUCUUGUAUCUCCAUCAUGCCAUUUUUCCAGCAGCCCCCUCACCUCCCCGUAUCACACCUGACUGCACUGCCUCUACCUGAACCCACCAGACCGCAUCAGAGGGAACCAGCUUCUACCAUAAACUAUGAACGUAACCCCUCAGGAGAAGGAGACGGACCCUACCAGUACUCCCCACAAUCCCCUCGUGUUCCAGUUACUGCCAAAAGAUCAACGCUGGACUGACAGAAGAAGAAAAAAAUCUUUUAUAAAUGAGAAAAAAAAA